CGAGAUACUGGGGAUAGACGUUACCUACCUAAACGCUGUUCCUUAGCUACCUACCUGAGGACAGACAGGCGUCUGACGAUUAAAGAUGUCUCACAAUGAUGAAGGGUAUGUGGUCCGGAUCCGUGGGCUGCCAUGGUCAUGCACGCAAGAAGAAGUCGCCUCCUUUUUCUCAGAUUGUGACAUUGUUGGCAAAGUGAAUGGGGUAUGUUUCACCUACUCCAAGGAAGGAAGACCUAGUGGAGAGGCCUUUGUAGAGUUGAAAACAUCAGAGGAUUUUAAGAAUGCGUUGGCCAAGGAUCGCAAAUACAUGGGGCAUCGGUACAUUGAAGUGUUUAAGUCAAACCGCAGUGAGAUGGACUGGGUUCUGAAGCGCUGCGGCCCCACAGACUACGACAGUAGCAGCGGCUGCACGCUGCGCCUCAGAGGCCUCCCCUUUGGCUGCAGCAAGGAGGAGAUCGUACAGUUCUUCGCAGGGUUGAAAAUCGUUCCAAAUGGGAUAAGAUUGCCGAUGGACUACCAGGGGAGGAGCACAGGGGAAGCCUUCGUGCAGUUUGCCUCAAAGGAGAUAGCAGAAAAGGCACUGGGGAAACACAAGGAAAGAAUAGGGCACAGGUACAUCGAGAUAUUCAAGAGCAGUCGCAAUGAGAUCCGGGCAUACUACGAAGUGCCCCGCAGGAUGAUGCCUCAGCGGCCGGGUCCGUACGAUCGGCCAAUCAUGGGGCGCGGGGGCUUCUUUGGGCCUGGUCCGGGUAGAGGCGGCGCGGUUCUGGACCAGAUGCGCAGUGGAGGCGGCGGAUACAGCGGAGGUUACGGAGGCUUUGACAACUACAACGGCUUCAAUAACUACUGCUUUGGCAACGGCAUGUUUGAGGAGAGGGGCGGCAGGGGCGACCGCAGCAGAGGCAGCAGUAGUAGUCAUGGCGGCUAUGGUGGGGGCGGCGACAGCAGCAGUUCCAGUUUCCACAGUGGCCACUUCGUGCACAUGAGGGGCCUCCCCUUCCGAGCCACAGAGGCCGACGUCGCCAGCUUCUUUGCGCCGCUUCACCCCAUGCGCGUCCGCAUCGACGUCGGCCCGAAUGGCAAGUCCACUGGGGAGGCAGACGUGGAGUUCGCUUCGCACGAGGAUGCCGUGUCAGCAAUGUCGAAGGACAAGAAUCACAUGCAGCAUCGUUACAUUGAGUUGUUUUUAAACUCAACUUCAAGCGGAGGAUCUGACAUGGGUCGCGGGGGUGGUGGCGGUGGCGGUGCGUUCUACAACAGCUCUGGAGGCGGCAUGGGCUCACGAAGCAGCGGACUCCGAGGAAUGUUCUAGAAAUACACUCUGCACUGGGGCCUAUACUACAAAGCUGGUUCAGGAGUAAACCAGGUUAAGCUAAGAGGUAAUUCAUCUAAUAGAAGAUGAUCUAUUUAGAGCUCUUAACUUAACCUGGUUUACUCCUGAACCAGCUUUGUAGUACAGACCCCUGGUCUCUUCAGAGUGGCACCGUUUUCAACCCAAAGUUGGAAGAGUUGUUUUUGUAUUUGGAUGUUUUCACAUGUUCAUAAAAAAUGUACUUAGAAUAUUUCCAGUCUCAAAGAGUGGAAUAAUAAUAAAAAAGAAAUGUCUAUUACACACAUAUAUAAAUAUAUAUAAAUAUAUAUAUAUUUGGGAUCAUUACGUAGGCUAAUAACCAGCUAUUGUAAAUUUUACUUAUAAAUUAAAGUUUUAUAUAAAACUCUUGUCACUGUUCAUGGUUCAUUGUGGGGUUUUUAAAAUGUUAUGCGAUAAUUUGACAAGAUAGAUUUUUCUGUUUACUGUUUCAUGAUCAGAGAUCCCUUUACUGUAGUUUUUUUCUUCUCAUUUUUCAUUUUAUAAAGGCUAUAUGUUUGCUUGAGUUGUGCAGUUGUCGGGGUGAUUAUCUCUGAAUAUUUCAAGAGCUAACCCGGAGACACAAUAAAGACAACACUGCUAUAUUUUACAACCGA